UCGCUCUUCUCCUUCCCUCUCCGCCCGCUUUGCUAGGCUCGUUUGGGCUCCGGAGCCGACAUGGGCGCCGCCGCGUGGGCAAUGCCUCCCCUACCGUUGCCUGUGUCUCUUCUGCUGCUGCUGCUUUUGCAGCUCCCCGGGCUGCCCGCGGUCUCCUGGGACCCGGCCGGUUACCUGCUCUACUGCCCCUGCAUGGGGCGUUUUGGGAACCAGGCUGAUCAUUUCUUGGGCUCCCUGGCAUUUGCAAAACUGCUAAAUCGUACCUUGGCUAUACCUCCAUGGAUUGAGUACCAGCAUCAUAAGCCUCCCUUCACCAACCUGCAUGUGUCCUACAAGAAGUACUUCAAGCUGGAGCCCCUUCAGGCCUACCAUCGGGUCAUCAGCCUGGAGGACUUCAUGGAGAAGCUGGCACCUACCCACUGGCCUCCUGAGAAGCGGGUGGCAUACUGCUUUGAGGUAGCAGCUCAGAGAAGCCCUGAUAAGAAGACGUGCCCCAUGAAGGAAGGAAACCCCUUUGGCCCGUUCUGGGAUCAGUUUCAUGUGAGUUUCAACAAGUCGGAGCUUUUUGCAGGCAUUUCCUUCAGCACCUCUUAUAAAGAACAAUGGAUUCAGAGAUUUUCACCAAAGGAACAUCCAGUGCUUGCUCUGCCAGGAGCCCCGGCACAGUUCCCUGUCCUGGAGGAACACAGGUCGCUCCAGAAGUACAUGGUAUGGUCAGAUGAGAUGGUGAAGACAGGAGAGGCCCAAAUCCGCACCCACCUCAUCCGGCCCUAUGUGGGCCUUCAUCUGCGCAUUGGCUCUGACUGGAAGAACGCCUGUGCCAUGCUGAAGGACGGCACCGCGGGCUCACACUUCAUGGCCUCUCCGCAGUGUGUGGGCUACAGCCGCAGCACGGCAGCCCCACUUACCAUGACCAUGUGCCUCCCUGACCUGAAGGAAAUCCGGAGGGCUGUGAAGCUCUGGGUGAGGGCACUGAGUGCCCAGUCAGUCUACAUCGCCACCGAUUCUGAGAGCUAUGUGCCAGAGAUCCAGCAGCUCUUCAAAGACAAGGUUAAGGUGGUGAGUCUGAAGCCAGAGGUGGCCCAGAUCGACCUGUACAUCCUCGGCCAAGCUGACCACUUCAUUGGCAACUGUGUGUCCUCCUUCACUGCCUUUGUGAAGCGUGAGCGGGAUCUUCAAGGGAAGCAGUCCUCUUUCUUUGGCAUGGACAGGCCCCCUCAGCUCCGGGAUGAGUUCUGAUGCUGGCUGGGGCAUGUUACCUAUCUGGCAGGGGCACUAUAGCCAAAGGUUCUCCCAGAACUGCAAGCUCCUCUUCUUGCCUGUCAGAGAUCGAGGACAGUCCCACGGAGGAAGAGGACUUUCCAUCGCAGGGCACUGGACUUCCAAGCUGCUGAGGGCCCAAAUGCCCCCCUACCCCAUGUGCUUCUUGCUGUUUUCUCCACUUAGCAGAGCAGGCCAACAUCUGUGUUUUGAUCUGCCCGACUUGGAGCAGACUGCUGAACUCUCCAGGGAAGUUUUUUAUAGUGUUUUGUUUUGUUUUGUGUUUGUCUUUUUGAGAGAGUCUCGCUAUGAAGUUCAGGCCAGCUUUGA